CACUCUCUCGCCAAUAAUAAUAAAUGCCAAAUUGGCGUGGAAUACCCAGAUCAGGAUCAGGAUGUUGGGCAACAAGUUGUCCAAAACGAAGAACCAGAAGGAGGUAGCCACACAGGCUAAGAAGACCGUGGCGAAGACCAAGCCAAAGAACAAAGUCAAGGUUAAGGGGAAGGGUAAGGGCAAGGGCAAGGAUAAGGAUAAGACCAAGGACAAGGUAAUGUUAGGGGAAACAGAAUCUAAAAUUUUGAUGGCUUUGGAACGAGGCAGUGGAGAUGGUCCCCAUCAAGUGGCCACUCAGCCAAGCCUCGUGGCACUCCGCUUCAUGGACAUUUCGCUUCGCCACUCGGACAUCCAGUUGAUUCAAUCCACCAACGAGGGCGUUAACGAGCGCCUGGUGGCCUUCUAUUACACAUACCUACAGCAGCGGCGUUACCGCUCCCAGACGGAUCUGCACUUUUUAAAUCCAGCCAUGGCCGCCCGACUACGACAUAUGGACAUGCGUCAGUUGCUGGCAAUGGUUCGCGACCGCCGUCUCAACGAGAAGCAGUUCAUUCUGGUGCCGCUGUCUUCCCAUCCCAGACCACAUGGGCACUGGUCCCUUUUGCUGAUUUCUCGCCCGGAUGGCAAAUUCUACCACUUCGAUUCCUUGGAUUAUUCCCAUUCGAUGUUGGCCGGCUUGGUGUCGGAAACUUUGAGAGCGCCCCUCGAAGCCUGGAAGUUCGCCCUAGUCACGGGACGGUGUCUGCAACAGGAGCUCCUGCCCGCAGGUAAGGAGGGAUCGGUGCGCGACCCCGCCUCUGGAAUCCACAUGAUGUGCAUGACCGAUUACGUGGCAGACUACGUGUCCAGAGUUGGAUACGCCACCAGUACGCUGCUCAUCGCCUACGACGAAGUCACCGCCAAGCGCACCCAGCUACUCGAGCUCAUUCUGUCGCUCGGAGGAAAUCUGCCCUCCAAGAGGGGCCGCUAAACGGAUGUGUCCCCAAUCAUGUGUUUCCUUAUGUUGGUUUUAUUUUUGUUUCUGCUGCAUAAAUUAUCAAAUUAACUAAAUCAAAUAAAAAUUGUGAACUUUACGUAUUUUGCGAUUACUUUUAGGCUUAAAAUUUGUUUUUAUUUAAGGAAGAAAUGCGCUCUGAGUGCUCGUUUGUUAUCGUAAAUUCUCGCAUAUGA